UCCUCCCUCCUCUCUGGCUUCCAUCUUGCGCCCCGCAUGUGUCUGCUGUUAGUUUACAGAUGAAAGAAGUAAUUAUGAAUACAGAAAAACUCGCGAAACUGCAGGCACAAGUCCGCAUCGGCGGAAAGGGCAGCGCUCGCAGAAAGAAGAAGGUGGUGCACAGAACAGCAACAGCAGAUGACAAGAAGCUCCAGUUCUCCCUGAAGAAACUUGGCGUCAACAACAUCUCUGGAAUUGAAGAGGUCAACAUGUUCACGAAUCAGGGGACGGUCAUCCACUUCAACAAUCCCAAAGUGCAGGCAUCUCUCGCCGCCAACACCUUCACAAUCACCGGACACGCUGAGACCAAGCAGAUGACCGAGAUGUUGCCCGGCAUCCUGAACCAGCUGGGAGCUGACAGCCUAACCAGCCUGAGGAGACUUGCAGAGGCACUACCCAAACAGGCUACAGAUGGAAAAGCCCCGAUUGCCACAGUAGAAGAAGAGGAUGAUGAAGUCCCAGAUCUGGUGGAGAAUUUUGACGAGGCGUCGAAGGACGAGGCCAACUAGAGGAAGUGGGACUCUGACUCAUGACGGAACAUGGGGCGUGGGAAAGGAGAUCUGCACAAGGUUGAUAGUGUAAACACUUAAGAACGGUGUGUGACCAGUCACACUCCUGGGGUGAAGUAUUUGUGUCGUAUUGUCCUUCCAGCGAUGUAAAACCAGAGUGAGGGUGUUGAUGUUUCACCUCCUGUCCACAUGUGCUCGUCCCAUCGCUCUGCAUGUGCAGUGUAAACCGUGUAAUCACCCCUCCACGUUACUGAACCUGAUUCUCUGUGGCCUCUGAUGAAUUAAACUUUGCUACUGUUGA